CCCAGCUGGGCGGCCACUCCAGGCGGAGUCCGCAGUGGAAGGAUGUGAUUUCACAGCCUGGGAUUGCGGUCGGACAGGCGGCUACAGCCUAGGGGCGGUAAAGUGUGGGCCUACAACCCACCUGAGAAGAGAGGCGGCGCAGGGACGCGUUGAGAGUAUGAGGCUCUCGCCUCCACUGGCCACUCACCCGUGACCCUUCCACCACGGCGGAACCUUGCAAGCCCACCUCCUGCCGUGUGGUCAUCUACCUGAAGCGGGAGAUGUCGGGGGACACCUGUCUGUGCCCAGCCUCGGGGGCCAAGCCCAAGCUAAGCGGCUUCAAGGGAGGCAACCUGGGCAACAAAUACGUCCAGCUCAAUGUGGGUGGUUCCCUAUAUUACACCACUGUGCGGGCACUGACGCGGCACGACACCAUGCUCAAGGCCAUGUUCAGCGGGCGCAUGGAGGUGCUGACUGACAAAGAAGGCUGGAUCCUCAUAGACCGGUGUGGAAAGCACUUUGGCACCAUUUUGAAUUACCUCCGUGAUGACACCAUCAUCCUCCCUCAGAGCCGUCAAGAAAUCAAGGAAUUGAUGGCUGAAGCGAAAUAUUACCUCAUUCAGGGGCUGGUGAACAUGUGCCAGACCGCCCUGCAGGACAAGAAGGACUCCUACCAGCCGGUGUGCAACAUCCCCGUCAUCACGUCCCUGAAAGAGGAGGAGAAGCUCAUCGAAUCUUCCACCAAGCCGGUGGUGAAGCUGCUGUACAACAGAAGCAACAACAAGUAUUCCUACACCAGCAACUCCGACGACCACCUCCUGAAAAACAUCGAGUUGUUCGACAAGCUGUCCCUGCGCUUCAACGGCCGUGUACUCUUCAUCAAGGAUGUCAUCGGCGACGAGAUCUGCUGCUGGUCAUUCUACGGCCAGGGCCGGAAGCUGGCCGAGGUGUGCUGCACCUCCAUCGUGUACGCCACAGAGAAGAAGCAGACCAAGGUGGAAUUUCCAGAGGCCCGAAUCUAUGAGGAGACCCUCAACGUCUUACUCUACGAGACGCCCCGAGUCCCUGACAACUCCUUGCUGGAGGCCACAAGCCGCAGCCGUAGGCAGGCUUCCCCCAGUGAAGACGAGGAGACCUUUGAACUGCGGGACCGGGUCCGCCGCAUCCAUGUCAAGCGCUAUAGCACUUACGAUGACCGGCAGCUCGGCCACCAGUCUGCCCAUCGUGACUGACGAGACCCUCAGGGAGUCAGGGCGUGGGGCACCCUGUCUCCCCUGCUGUGGAACCCUGCCCCAUUGGCCACCCCACACUGCUGCUGGCUGGGUCUCUGCUCCAGCACCCAGAGGCACGACAGGUCCUGUCUGGGGGGGCAGAGGGCCUGAGUAGGGAAGGAACCCCAUUCCUUCGCCCUGCUCCCUGAGUACUUCGAGAUGACUGAGUCCUGGCCCCUUUGCUCAGUGACUCCCUGCCUGCCUGACAGGGAGCUGCUUCCGCCCCUGGGGUGAGUGGGUCAGUCUGCUCACCUCCUGCUAAGAACAUCCACCUGGCCCUUCACUGAAUGCCCGUUCGCCCUGCUGAAGGGCUGCUUUAAGCCUCAGCUGAGGCCCCUGGGGAAUGGGGCCAUUCUGUGGAGAAGGUGGCUGCUGGUGCUGUGGAGGCCCAGUUUCUUAGAAGGUGAGGCUCCUUUUUUCCUAAGGUGUUUAAGCACAGGGUUGAUGAUUUUUUUUUUAAUUAUCUAGGAAUUGAGUAGUCGUAGGUCUAAUACUGAGGGGACUGGGUAUUCCUACUACCCCUCCAGGAUGCCAAGACUUUAAAGCACUUUGUACUUCUGUUCAGGAGAGCUGUAUUUCUCCCUGACCCGUGUUGUCUUUUUCUGACCCUAAUCUCCUCUUCCCUGCAGAAUCAAUCUGAGGGAGGGGAUAGAAGAAGCAAUAAAAACACUGACCAGUUUUGGCUUUGCCAGGAGGCUGGCCAAACAGCCUGCCCAGAGAGCGCUGAAGAAGGAUGUGUAAGUUGGAGCCAUGGUCCUAGUAACGCUCCUGCGAGAAAGGACGUUUUACCCCAAGUUUUUAGAGUCACGUAACUGACUCUUUGAUUCUCCUGCCCUCAGCUCCAAGGCACGCUGCCCUCAUUGUAAACCCAAAGAGCCAUUCAGGGGCAGGAGCAUGAGCCACCACAGGAAGGCUGUGGAGCCUGUGGGCACUGAGCACAGAGCCCCACGUUCUUGGUGGCCCUGCACGGGUGUGGCAUGUGCUUGGCUGUAUAUCCUCCCACCCCCCACUCAUGCUGUCAGUUUUGCAUCCUGGCUGGGGAUGGUGGUUCUUUCCAGGGUGAGUCUCUAGACAUAGGAUACUGUGAGCAGCCUAAGCCCCUUGAAAGAUUUCAUUUCUUUCUUGUUGGGUAAUUUGGCCAUGGCAAUGCCAAGCACCAGCUCUUGGGCAAGGAUGCGAGUUCCUCUUCAGGUCUUUGGUUUUUGUUCCCUUCUGUUUGGCGUGGUUCUCGGGAGUCUGCUUAUCUGAAUUCUUUUCCAAAGGAAUGCCAUCAGGAAGGGAAUGUUCAGCCAGUUUAACAAAUAACAGAGCAGCACAGCCACUUAGCAGUGCUCACUCAUUCGGGAAAGGACACAGGUUAUCGAGUUCAUCUCUCAACUACUCUUACAGUAAGCCCCUGAAUGGCUAUUCAUGGCUGACUCCACAGUCUGUGGCAGAUGCCAGGCCAGGGUUAGUAGACGCUCAACAAGGACCUGAAAUGGCAUGAGGGGGCAAGAGAAAUGUGACUCUAAUCAGGUAGUUUACAUUUGUCACAGUCUUGAAUGUGUAAAGACUUUCAGAUGAGGCAUCCUGGUGAUCAGCUAUAAACGGUUCUUCCAGCAUUCAGUGGAGAUGAAGACAAAUCAGUUUCUUUGGCCAGAUUCUGGCUUUGGCUUUGUGCCUUUCUCAGAGAGCCUGGAAUAAUUCUGAGUCCAGUGGCCUAUUUCCUCAGCUGCCCUCCUGAAGCCCUUUUAACACUCAAAGUCCCAGCACCCCACUGGAGUAUUUUAAUGAUUGUCCUUCGACCUUCACAGCUCCUGUAGCCUCUUUACAGCUGUGAUACUCAGAUCCUCUGCUGGCUCAGUGACUGGUCUUUCCGAGAAAGCAUGAUGGUCUGGGACUCUAGACACUUUCUCUGAUUGAAAUUAUCUCCUCGUUCUUAAAAAACUACUAACAUUGAGCUCAUUGAAGCAAUCUUAGCUCUUUACAUCAGACUUUGUGGUAUAAGGAUUUGGUGGAUUUCGACCUUCCCAGCCCCAUUCAAAAAGCAACUCUUGGUUGUAUGACUUUUUCAACUCCGAGCAGCCCAGGGAAAAGUAAAAAGUGUGGAUGAAGGUCAAACCUUCUCAUCAGUUUCUCAGAAAACCGGAAGCCUGCUGUUAAGGACACAUACCGGUACUGGGUUUUACUCAGUUUGCUGUCUGAUGAGGUCUGGCUACAGGAUGGCACAGGUGCUGGCAUGAGAGAACAACUUGAGCACACAGCUAUGGUUCUUCGUCAUUGCAUAGGUGAUGGAAAUACUAAUUUCUAAUAAAACUGUGUUACACUGCA